GGCAACGUCAAAAAUCACACAUGCUUCCGGUUUUGUAUUUGCGGAGAGAAAGUCGUGUAUUGUUUUUUGAAAAGUAAAAUGAAAUACACGUUACCAAAGUAACGUGUAUGUGAAAGAUCUGAAUUGCAGCAAAAUGAAAAAAGGAGAAAGAACUCCCGAGACUCCCAGACCAUUUAAAUUGUGUCAUCAAGUAUUAUGCAUUACCAACAUCAAUUUUCAAAGACAGUCAUUAAUAGCUUUUACAGAGCUUACAAUUAUUCCAUCAAGAAAUGAUUUGCACAGAAUAAAACUCAACUGCAAGCAGUGUCGAAUUUAUAAAAUAUGUAUAAAUGAUUUAUUUGAAGCAAGUUUUACAUAUAAUGAUCCAACAUUAGAAAUAUGUCAAGGAGAAACAAAACAGUAAGUAAUU